CAUCGCGUCGAGGAAAGUUCCGUGUAAAUGUAGCGAAACAAACAAACGCAACGUUACAAUUUCAAAUAUAUUGUUUACAUUGACAAUGUAUAAAAACGCAGUGCGUGGUGUAGUGAUGUUGGGGGCGGGGUUUGUCGGAAAGUGGGCGGUCCAUUGUCCGUGAGUCUCGCUCAGGUCACGUGUACAGCACCGUGUAAUCUGUGAGCGUGUUUUGCUUGACGGAGAUAAUCAGAUCUGACCGACGUAACGCACUAAGAACAAGGCUCGAACGGUGGAGCGAGGAUGAGUGCGAAGUUAAAGGAUGAAGCACAUUUAAGAGCGAUGGACAAAUUUAAAACCAAACGGACAGACAAGUCAAAACCAGACUCUGAGAGGGACUCGGGCUUCUCAGACGGCAGCUCUGAGCAUCUGAGUGUGAUCGAUCAGACAGACACAGACGAUGCGUCGUGUUCUGUGGGUUCUAGAUCACAGGCCUCUCCGCUGGCCGCUGUGGUGGGGGGAACGCUGCAGCAUUUGUCACCCAUGAUCAUCAUGAACAAUGUUGUUCUGAAACAGUCUAGAGAAAACCCUCCUCCUUUGAAACCGUGGAGCUUCAGUCCAGCUGUUGAGGUGGUUCAGCAGCCUCAGGUCGUCUUCCUGCAGCCCAUGGUCCCACAGAGAACGGCAGCAGUGUUAAAGGGACCUUCUUUAAAACGCAGACGACACAAAAAAUACCUCCCCAUCCUUAAAUCUUACCCCAAAAUCGCCCCUCACCCUGGAGACUAUCCACACAAAGCAAGCAGCAGCUCGGCUUCUAGUUCCAGCUCUGAUUCUUCAGUAAAAAGUGUCAGUUUGUCCUCCCAGCACUCGUAUCACAGUCAGAAAGACAGACGGCACAGCUCGCAGUUCAGCACCACGUCUGGCACUCCAAACGAACCCAGCUCACUUCAGUCGUCAACACUUCCACACAACACAUCAGCUGACUCGAAUAUGACCGGCUGCCUUAAUGGUGAAGGGCAAACAAACGGGAGACCCGAAUCCACAGACAACCACUCCGACCCGCUGACGCCUAAUUCACGUGCCGUUCCUGUGAACGGCAGCCGCCGAGGCGACACAGACAACAAGGUGAAGCGGUUCUGCAACACGUACAACAUUCUCAGUAAGUCAGGAUUGCUGAACAUUACACUUCGCACAAAAGAGUUAAUUCGGCAGAAUCGACGGACACAGACAGAGCUGGAGCGACUGCGCGAGCACACGAACCUCUUCAUGGAAGCUCUGAAGACGGGAGACAUGGGAAUCUGGGGCAAACUUCAAAUGAGCAUGCUAGAGGAGAACAAAACGAAAGACAAGACACAACAUAAUGAAGACAUGAAGUAGGAUCAUUUCUCAAAGAAGGUCAAUGAACGAUAAACUCGAACCGCCAUCGGUCAGAUCACAGGGCAUUGAGGGUGUUUGAUAUAAAUAAUGCUGUUAUUAUGCGUGUUGAAAUCUUGAUCCCAGCUGAUAAUGCAGAGUCACUAUCAGUAAUCCAUUGGUAUGUCUAAACAUUCAUCUCUUUGUUUGAGCGACCCAACAUGUCAACUUCUGACUCAACCAAUGAAUCGUCCGGAAUAAUAUGGAAUUGUCCUGGUAUUUAAGGGAGCAGAAUUGAAUCCGUAUUAAAUCCAUAUGGUAACAUUUCAGGACAAGUUUGAUAAUUGUACAUAAAAAGUGAUUCAAAUGCAAUGUUGAAAAAUUACUGUUAGAAUGCCAAAUAAAUCAAGAGGAGUAAGGAACACUACUACUACUGAAUAUGUAGGUCAAAAUAAAACAUUGCAUAUGUCAAUGCUCAUUCUAGAGGAGAGAGAGACCAAAUGAUGGCUGCAUUUUUAAUGCAAAAGUACAGUACAGGUUAAAAUGCUUAACAUGAAAAAUGCUUAAUGUAACCAGGGAUGAUGAAAAUGUUUUUCCAUUUCACUUAUGAUAAACUGUUUACACUGGAACGACUCUAAUCUGAGGAGAAAUGCAUGUAUUUAUAUAUAUAUAUAUAUAUAUAUAUAUAUAUGUGUAAGCAGUUUUCUUCCAUAAAAAGACAUCGUUUGCCUAAUGUAUUAAGAAAGUUGCCAUGGACGACCAAGUUAAUUUUUGUAGUCUUGUUUAACACAUUAAAAAACAAAAAAGAAAUGGCUUAACAUCAUUGCCGUUAGGGAGUCCCCUUUGAUCGUUUUGCCAUCCAACCGGAACUGUGGGUGCACAAGGAAAAUCUAGUGGGGCAAUGCCCCCUCUAGCCCCCAAAGACGUGGCACGCUUGAAAACCGUUGAUAGAAAAAUGUUGCCUCUGUCCAUCUGCUUCAUUCUUAUGCCAAAAGAUGGUUUCUCCCUGGUCGUUGUGUUAUAACGUUCACGUUAAGCAUUUUUCAUGUUGUUUUAGAAUGUCCUAUUAAUUAAGUCACUGUAUCGCAUAUAAUAAAAAGUAAAGUCUACGCACCGUAUUUGUCGUCCUUCCUCCAAUACUCGAUUAGGCGUUGUGUGAUGUAUACUUGAACAGACAGUUGAAGACUGUAGCUCGAGUCGAUUAGGGAGGGAGUGUUCCGGAAACCUGUUUGUAAACAAUAUUUUUUUGCAGUUCCAUAUGGUGUCACUAGAGCACAGAAAAACACGCUUCACCUUUAAUAACUUGGUGUAGUCAUCCACUAUUGACAGACUAUACGUGUUUAUAAGCGUUCACUCUUUAAUAUGCUUCUGCCUUAAUCUGAUACUGUUUACACUAUUGACUGCUGUCAUUUUCAUUGUUGAAGCCGUUGGUCCUACUGUAUAUUAUAACAGAAACUAAUAUUGACUUUGCACCAAAACCUAGUGAGCUGCCUACAGAUGCCAUUUUUUUUACCAUCAUCUAAUGCCCAAAAAAUGCUGACGAAGUACGCUCACUAGAUUUUGCUACAUAGCACUUGUCUCGUAGUUUCUCAUGAUUCACAGAGCAAUUAUAAUUAAUUAUCCAUAAUAAAUCUUUGUAGAUUUUCUUGUGAAAUAUAGGAUAAGCUCCAGCCCUUCCCACUGACCUAAAUCAAGCUUCAUGAGUGUGGUGUAAUUUAGUCAAUGAAACCAUGUAUGAAUUCCACGAAACCUGUCAAGAAGUCAUAUUCGCGUUGAAGGCACAGGAAAAUGUGCUUAAUUGUCAUGGAAAUAAUGUCGCAUUAUCUUAAUGGUCCAAACAACAACAAAAAAGGCUUUAAAAGUUUCUUUUGAUUUUGCAGUGACUUAUGAACUAGACAGAUUUUGAGAUAUACCCAUGUAUCAUUGAAAGCGUGAAUCUUUUUAUAACUUUCUGUUGUUGAAAAUGCACGACAUGAAAUGUCAUUGAUGCAUAGUAUUUGAAGAGUUUCUAGAGUGAUCUGGACAAAUCAUUCUAACUGAAAGGGAACGUUAGAAACUCUUCCUGGAAACUUAGAGAUGAUUAUGUUCUCUUCUGUAGCAUCGUCAGCUCUCAUCUUGCCUUAAUUUGUGAAGUUGCAUUUGCUUGUUUCAUGGUCAAACUUUGAUCAGAUGUGAACGAACUCAAACGCUCCGUGGCAGCUAAUCCAUAACCACAAUAGUAUGUCGUUCUUCUGAAGUCUAAGAGGCAACACCUUUAAGCGUUCGAGGUAAUGAGAAAAUGUUAUUUCAUAUUUCUUGACAUGUACAGUAAAGUCUGAGGACACAUAGAAAUCGUGGAUGUUCUUAUUUCCAAUUAGACCUAGAAACUUGAAAACUAAGUUAACGUUCUGCACUAUUUUUAGUCCACUAAUAAAAUAAGGCAUGAUCGUCAGGUUAAGAACGGUAUUCUCAUAUUCAUGACUCUGAUAUAUGAUGGAACAUAAUGUUAAAUUGAAGCAUUUCUGCGAGUGUUCUCAGAGGGUUUCACCCCACUGUAGGUGUGUGCGUGUGUGUGUGCGCGUGUGCGCGUGUGUGUGUGUGUGUGUGUGUGUGUGUGUGUGUGUGUAUGAUGUGAGGGCUUUUGCAAAAAUGGCUGGCAAGUCUUUAGUUUUAUUUCUUUUGUGUGUGUCGGGGUCUCUUAAUACUAACUGCCUUGCUUUAGUGGCAGUUUUAGUUCUCUUUUGUAACAUUUUGUACUCUUUAAUUUCAUUGCAAACUUUAGUUUGCUUCCGUAACAGCUGCGGUUAAUGCAGCAUUGAUUUUAUUGCUGGGAAAAUGCAGCAUGUUUGAGUCAGAGCAGGUUUCGGUUGGUUCUUACCUGGAAAACCAGUUUAACAGUGGAGUUAGUCGCUGGAAUGAAGCAGAAUGUGAAAACAACAAAAAUAAAUAAAUAAAGCCAAAAAGGUCUCAGAUGUGAUCUAAACAUGUCAGUCGAACCUCUUAUUCUGGUAGAUAUUUAAAACAUCAUUUUUUAUCCCCCCAGUACACAUUUAUGUCUUCAUGUUGCUUUUACUGAUAUUUUUUUAUUCUUGUUUUUGUAAGAAAAUGUGCUGUUUUGUGUAUGAAUGUGUUUGUCAUCAAGUCUUACAUUUACGGUUGUGAAAGUACAAUAAGUUAAUAACCACAAACACUGUUUAUGAUAUUGUUUGUAUGUAGUUUAGUUUAGCAGAACUGAGGACAGUGUGUUGUGUUGAUUCAUUACCGCUCAAAUCUUGUUAAUAUUGUGUAUGGUUUUACAUUAAUAAAACAUACAUGCACUUGUAAAUACCCAGAAAAUAUGACAACUUAUGGCCUGUUUCUAGAUUACAGCUCCAAAUGAGGUCUUAAGAUAUUUCAUAAGAAAGCAUUUAUCAGCUGUACAAAACCAAAGCUGUGUCUGAACAUUCACAAUAUUCCUUGAGUGAAUCUGUUUCUUUAAAAAUGUUCUCUCUUUUUGGGAGUGUUUUGUUUUUUUAAUAUUCCACUUCUUUUUCUUUUUUAAGACAUGGUUUACUCGAUAAACUACAAUGUCAAAUGUUUUCAUGUCCUAAAGUUAUUAAAAUAAUCAAAUGCA